CGGGGGGACCAUGCCCCGAGGCCGGCCGACCGCAGCAUGGCUCACGGGCCCGGCGCGCUGAUGCUCAAGUGCGUGGUGGUCGGCGACGGGGCGGUGGGCAAGACGUGCCUGCUCAUGAGCUAUGCCAACGACGCCUUCCCCGAGGAGUACGUGCCCACUGUCUUCGACCACUACGCAGUCAGCGUCACCGUGGGGGGCAAGCAGUACCUCCUGGGACUCUAUGACACAGCUGGACAGGAAGACUAUGAUCGUCUGAGGCCUUUAUCUUACCCCAUGACUGACGUCUUCCUCAUAUGCUUCUCUGUGGUAAAUCCAGCCUCAUUUCAAAACGUGAAAGAGGAGUGGGUACCGGAACUUAAGGAAUAUGCACCAAAUGUCCCCUUCUUAUUAAUAGGAACUCAGAUUGAUCUCCGAGAUGACCCCAAAACUCUAGCAAGACUGAAUGACAUGAAGGAAAAACCUGUCUGUGUGGAACAAGGGCAGAAGCUAGCAAAAGAGAUAGGCGCAUGCUGCUAUGUGGAAUGUUCAGCUUUGACCCAGAAGGGUUUGAAGACUGUUUUUGACGAGGCUAUCAUAGCCAUUUUAACUCCAAAGAAACACGCAGUUAAAAAAAGAAUAGGAUCAAGAUGUAUAAACUGUUGUUUGAUUACGUGAGAAAAGUCUGUAGUGGCCAAGGAAACUGUCCAUUUCUCCCAGAAAGCAUUUGAAAUGCUACAGCAAUGUCCUGACCUCUUACAAUGAAGAAGUUUAACCUGAGCGGGGAGGGAACCUGUCCUCAGCAUUCUCCAGAGUUCACUGAGAAUGUUUCUUAAAGGUCUAAGCGGCAGCAAACAGCAUCUGAAGCCACAAUCUACUCUAAAUAGUUUAUUUCAACUAGAAGGUACAAUCUCUCAGGGGUUUCAUAGUUAAAAAGCUACAAUCACAUCAUGUUGAAACGACAUUGAAAAAACAACAGUGCUGUAAAUGGAAACGCUUGGCUUUGACCAGACACAUUUCUGCACAGCCCUUAUGGAAUCUGCACAAAGAAAUAUCUCCUCCCCUUUCUCCUCUUAAUUGUUCUUGUAUGUAAGUUGCUUUCUAUUCCAGUAUAUCCAGAGUGGUGAGCUCACGAGGCCAGCCACGUAGCCAAAGGUCGCUCCAAGUGUACAGGAGAUGGGCCACACCUGAGGGAAGAAUUAUGAGAUCAAAACCAACCAAUGUUUCAUUAUUACUUGAGCACAAAUUAAGUGUAACAUAAACAUUUCUAUAGUGAAGCUUAAUGUGCUUUCUUAAAGAAUGCCAAAAGUUUAGUAGAUCAUAACUGCAUUUACCAUGAACACUAAAAAUGUACACAUUUUAGUUAAUGUGCAUUAAAGGUAACAAGGCUUCUGGCGACUGUAGAUUUAGUUUGAUGUUCCCCAAAUUGCAUGAAAUACAUGCUAAAGUACAAAUUUAAAAGUUGGGCCAUAGUUUGCCAUAAUCCUGAACUCAGUUUAGCUCUCUGAAUGAGUUGGUCAUUUUUCUAAUUCCCACUUUGGCUAUGUACAUCAAAUGAAACAAGAAGUGAGUAGACUGACUGAACCUUAGGAACUUUUCAAUUGUGUCAGAGGGAAGACACAGAAUCUAAGCAUGUUACAUGGAACGUGUGGGUACUCUGCUUCCAUGAGCUGCAGGUACUGUAGCCGCAGAGGGUGCAGCCCACAGCUUAUGCACACACCUAGAGUGUAGGGCAAGCAGAACACUACAGGCUUCCUGAUGGUUUCCCCAGCCAUGCUACACUUCAUUAAACCAGAACUAACUAAUGGUGAUUUAUUUUAUGCCACAGACAGGGUAUGUGGGUCCCAAAGUAAAAAGCCCUGUGUGAAAAAAUCUUGGAAGCAAACUUUGUUUCUUUUGUAAAGCUUAUUUGGUGUACUAGAGCCAUUUCUAACCUUUCUGUGAGGAAUAGGCCACCAGAGUGCACUGGAGGCGAACCACCAUGCAAACUGGCUGGUACCAUGUGGCUUUCUUCCUCAGGCUGCUGUGGAUCUGCCUUAUUCUAAACGCCAUGCAACAGACAGUCGUGGUAGACAAAGCUUCCAUGCGAACCACUCACGCAGUUGGGAAGCAUAAUUAACCCAUAGAGUGUUGCCGGCCUUUCUUAGGUUUCAAUUUGCUGUUGCUUCAACUACGACUUCCUUGUCUUUAGCGAGCUUCUGUUAUCUUCCAGGAUUUGUGCUUACAGCUUUGUCUAUUGCACAGAUUGGGUAAUGGAACACUAAACAUUGAUACUUGAAAAUGACAGCCUUAAAUGUUCAUACCAGUCACAAAUCUCGAUGUACUGUCUUGCAUGUGAGCUUUGUAGGAGUUUUUGAAGUAUAAGCACCACCCUCUCCCACUUGGCAGUGGACAGUCUACUGGACAAGAGCUUUCUCUUGGAAGUGGACGUUGGAUGUCUUUUUCUCCAAGCAGUGGUGGUUCACAUUAAGCAUCAUGGCCUUAUGUAUGCUCAAAAGGGAUUUCUGUAACUUUCCCAUUCAGUUUUGGUCUGUUUUUAGAUAGAAUUGAAAGAACCUGUAUACUGAGUUAACAUGCUAGCUAAGUUGUUACACCAAUAUGAAGGAAUCCCGACAGUAAAGUAUUAUUCAUUUCCAAGUCGCCUUUGGAGAUUUGAUGGGUUUGGGUUUUGGCUUUUCUCUUUUUCCUUCAAAUCUACAUUUGUGAAACCUUGGACACUUGGUGUAUUAGGCAAUGAAGUUAAAGUCAAGAACGUUCCUGCUCCAAGAGAAGUGGAUCAAGAAUCUGGAAAAUGCACUGGUGUCGCCUUGGUUUCCUCAUGUUCUGACCAUGGGACAUCUCCAGUGUCCUCCCAUUCAUGAGCUCUUUCCACUUUCUCCUGACUCACAGCAGACAUGUUGACAUCUCUCUCUUCACUCUCCUGACUCACAGCAGACAUGUUGAUAUCUCUCUCUUCACUCUCCUGACUCACAGCAGACAUGUUGACCAUCUCUCUCUUCACUCUCCUGACUCACAGCAGACAUGUUGACCAUCUCACUCUUCACCCUCCUGACUCACAGCAGACAUGUUGACCAUCUCACUCUUCACUCUCCUGACUCACAGCAGACAUGUUGACCAUCUCACUCUUCACUCUCCUGACUCACAGCAGACAUGUUGACCAUCUCUCUCUUCACUCUCCUGACUCACAGCAGACAUGUUGACCAUCUCUCUCUUCACUCUCCUGACUCACAGCAGACAUGUUGACCAUCUCUCUCUUCACUCUCCUGACUCACAGCAGACAUGUUGGCCAUUACAUUUGCAGCUUCACCCUCUCCAGAUGGUAAGAAUCAUGUAUAUAGAAUUCUCGAACUCUAAGCCGACGAUUGUAUCAUCUGAACCUGAGGUGCCUUAGGUACUCUAUUUACCUUGAUGGGGUUUGGAGUUUCCCAUUGCUUGUUAAGAGCUCUUUGUGUUGGUUAGUUAGUAUUUCUUUUUGCAAAAUCUUCUCUGCCACUUUAACCAAAAAACCAAAGAUUUGUUUUCUAUUCAUGAGCAGAUUAUAGAGAAACUGCCUUAUUUUCAGAAGCAUAUCUUCAUUAAAGGCUUAGGUUGCAACAGAAAUUCAGACUAAUCUCUGGAAAAACUCUUUCAAACUAGUGAAAUACCGGGGAAAGAAAUUACUUUUCAAAACUAUUUUAUUAACAUGAAUUGUGCUAGUGAAUGCACUGCUUCAAAUAAGGUCAUGUACGAAAGACUGAGAAGAAAUUAGAACUGAUUGGUGUUUGCACAGAAAAUUUGUUCGAAAGUCCUUUAACGUUUUUAGGGGAAUCUGGGAAUCUAGUAGAACUUGGCUAAUGUGUGCCCUUACUCUAUCCUCACAGGAACAUUGUAGCUUACUUGCGAUGAAUUAUCAUAUUUCCAAUAAGUAGAGCUUGAGUUUGUGCUAUUUGUUAUGAAUUAUCUUAGUUACUUUAGACACUGCUUCCAUUUGAGUUUUAAUUAUUGGUUUUAAAUACCAAAUUAAAUACUGGUUUGUUGGUUGUUGCUUUUUCAAUGACUGUUACUUCAACAGCGUCCCUUUCCUAACGUAUGGGGUCAUAAAUAAAAUGAAAUGCACAGUUA